CAUCUUCGUACAUUCCUUCUUUGACUGUCCAGUUUGCCACCAUCUAUUUGUGCUUCUGUUGUCUUCUGCAUUUUCCCUCUAUUCACUCAUUGUUCUAAGGUUUAAAGUCACGGAUCUGUGUUUUGAAAUCGUGGAUCUGCAUCACUGUCGUCGCUAUUUCUCUACCAGCGCCAUCUGUCCCUGUGAAGAGGCGCUUGAAAAAUGCUCUCCAACUCGAAGCAGCACUGUCUGUCAUCGUGAAGUUGUCAUCCAAGGUCAUCGAUCACUCUACUCCAACCGCCGACUGUUGUCCGUUGCUGUGUGAAGCCACCAAAAAAGACUCAAGCAACAAAUGAGAAGCGACGCUGCUUUUUUGACAUUGGAUUGUGGUGGUUCACCUAUUCAAAAUCCCUUUGCUGCUGCUGCUGAAGAUACGCAAUUAGCAUCUCUCAUUUCACUUGACGGCUUGUUGAAAGAAAUCAAGUCGAUUCCUGAAGUUGAUGACAGCAUUCAAGAUCUAUCACACGCUGACAAGCCUUCAACAGAUCUGGGGUCUGGAUCCGAAACCGUUGUGGCACAGUGGAAAGUCCUUCAAUUUGGCACAGGCACUUCCUCCCCAUUCAUAAUCAAAUGUGGAGCAAAUUCAAAUUCAGAACUAGUCAUAAAAGCGGAUUCUCGAGUUCAAGAACCGAGAGGUGGUGAGAUCGUGAGGGUUGCCCCUAGACCGUCAGUUUUGGAAAACUUGAGCUUGGAGGAAAUGAAACAAGUAUUUGCCGAAUUACCUGAGGCUCUUAGCUUGCUUGCCUUAGCAAGGACCGCAGAUGGAACCCGAGCACGGUAUUCUAGACUUUACCGGACCUUGGCUAUGAAGGUUCCUUCCCUAAAGGAUCUGUUAGAGAGCUUGAAAAGGGGGGUGUACUGAAAGAUGUUAGAACAUGACCCAUAAAAGGGUAAGCUGAUGAUGAAAUUAUAGUUAUUCUGCCUAGCGAGUGUCAUUGUGUAUUAGUGGUAGUUAUUUCAGUUUUGGCUGGGAGUGUAAUUAGGUUGGUGUUUGUAUUUCUCAAGCAACCUGUAAAUAUGUUCACCUGAUACAAAUAUGU